AUGAAAUCAUUGAUGUCAUUUGAAAAUCACUUCAAAAACGAAACUGUUUCAUUGGCCGUUCCAUGGGAUAUGAAAACAAAUUUUCUGCAAACCGAAAUAAAGUUGAUGGACAUAGUGCGAGAACAUCAUGGACGGGAUAACAAGAGUGGAAUUGGCGACUUGACACGACAGCUGGGUGAUGAUGCGAAAAUUUUAAUGCUCGGCGAUACGAGCUUACAGUUGCAUACGCAGGCUAGCGUACUCCAUCUGCUGGCCACAGCAGUUAAAGAUAGUCGAAAACCGAAUCACAAACAGCUGGUUAAUGUCAACAUUUUCGAACCGUCAUUUCUGUUUGAUUUGAAAAGCAGUUCCGCAGUUCAGCGUAUCGCGGUGGCUCAGCAACUCAGCAUAUGGCUACAGCAUACGCAAACACGAGAAUCAGGCUCAUCAUUGAAUAUGAUCGCCGAUGAGCCAUCCUACCAUCUCGGGAUGGCGCGGCUGGCAAGAAAAACGGGAAAUUAUCGACUUGCCGAGAGACAGAUCAAGCUACAUUUCAAAAAACGUCGGCCCAUGCUCGACAGCAUUCAGCAAACCAUCCUGCAUACGUUGUAUGGAAAUGAGACGAAUGGCGGCGCUGUGGGUAAGGGCGGUAAUAUUGUCCCGAACGGUUUCAACAUGCCUACGCCACCCGUACCCCCUGGCCUAUGCAAUGCUGGUACUCUGGACACACUUUAUGGCACAUCAAAAAUGAUGUGGGCUGCAAAAGAGAAAAUGAAAAGACAGGAUCGCAUCAGUGCCGAGGGAAAAGCAUUUUCGUUGUUGUUGAGCGCUGUCGCUAAUGAAAUGGAUCGACUGCUUUACAAAAGUAACGUGAUGUUCAAUGGCGCACCAACGGUGCCUCCGGAUGCCCUGAUCUCCGUAAUGGCCGCUCAGCUCAACCAAAUUACCACUGAAAAUCCUGGAUCGGCGACAUCGACGAAGACCACUGAGCAUUAUCUGCUAGCGAAAUCACUGAUCCAGCUUGCUCGAUGGUUGCAAGCUCAGCCGACACUGAUGCAAGCAGCAAUGUGCCACUCAGCUCGUCUCGCUUUUCAUGUCUUCGGUGUUGAACAAUCUCGAUUACCACUUACUGGACGCUCUGUGGAUGCUUUUGCCGGUGCAAUCUUGAACACAUCAUGUAAACUAGCACCACAGCUGGCCAAGGCACAUUUGGAACUUGGCAACUGGGCAUUCAACGCUGCCACCAGUGCACAUGGUGAAGCGAGACUUUCGUUCGCAGACGAGGAAUGUGAUAUGAUCAGAUUUUACAUAAAAAAAGUAUCCAUUGAAGCGGAUGUUUUACCAACCUGUAAAGCCAUCAUCGGCACCAAACUUGAUCAGCGGGCAUGUGCUGCAAUGUUCGGUGAGGGCAAUGUUGUUUCUCGCAUCUGGAAAGGAGCCAAUGCCCGACUUUUGGCGUAUUGCAAUUCAGCAACACGUUCUUAUUUCACUUAUAUCGCUAUGUGUGGACGUCAAAUGGAUAAGGGUACAAUUGGAACGGUUCGAGCAACAUUACGAAUUUUGCAUUUAUUAAUAACGCAUCAUGACGCACUGCGCCAUCUGAUUUUGAACGAAAUGCUGCAAACAAACGAAUUGCUCUGGAAAGAUAUCCUCCCCCAACUGUUCGCACGUCUCAAUCAUCCGGUACGUGGUGUGCGUGAUACGCUGUGCACAAUUCUGGAGCGAAUUGCAGCCUCGGCACCACAUGCCCUGUGCUAUCCGGCAAUUGUUGGCGCUACACAGCCAAUUGUUGUACACUGUGGCGAUGGAGGCGAUGAUGAUGUGGACGCGGAACGAGUUGAUUUUGCUGAAGUAAUCAACGAAGAGAAGAGCAAACGUGCCGACAAAGUUUGUUGUUGA